AUGAGCUCUAAAUUGUUUUUGCUAACAUUGUUGUCCAUCGUGACAACUGCAUUUGCAGUCUCAUCGAAGUACUCCUCAUUUACCAUUACUUUACCAUCCUUUACACAAGAAUGUGUCUACCAUGAUCUUAUUUCAAAAAGUGAUGCACUAGUGGUCAGUUACCAAGUCCUAACUGGUGGUAACUUUGAAGUGGAUUUCGAAAUCACUGCACCAGAUGGAAAUAAAAUUGUUAAGGAAAAACAAAAGAAGUACUCUGAUUUCUUAUUGAGAUCAUUUGGUUUAGGUCAAUAUAAAUUCUGUUUCAGCAAUUCAUAUGGUACUGCUGUAAAGAAGGUCGAAAUGACCCUUGAGCUAGAGAAGGAUAUUCAAGAAGAGGGAUCCAUCAACACUAAUAGUGAAGAUGCUAUUGCUAACAAUGCUAUUGAAGAAGUCGACAGAAAUUUGAACAAGAUUUCAAAGACAAUGAACUACCUGAGGGCCAGAGAAUGGAGAAACAUGUCUACUGUUGAAUCUACCGGUUCCAGAUUAAAAUGGUUUUCUAUUCUAGUCAUGGCUUUGAUGGUAGGUAUUAGUGUCAUUCAAGCUCUAGCUAUUCAAUUGCUAUUCAAGAGCCGUUCUUCUAACUUUGUUUAA